ACAGGACGCACAGGAGAGCACACGCGAUGGAUGGGUUACGUCGGCCCGCGAACAACUAAAACGUCUGAACGUCUGAGUAGAAAUCAACGGCCAGCCGCAGCGCUCUACGGGGCACAUCAUCGCACCUGAAAGCACACUGCGCCAUUUGCCGCAAUCGAAUCGUAAAGACAGGGAAAAAAAUUGCACCCCCAGAACACACGCACAGCGUACACAGCAGUGAAAACCGUCUUCUUGCCUAAAACAACAGCCUUCCUUCAAGCUAGAUUAGCUGCAAGACUCGACACACUUCUCGCCACAUUACGCCGAGGCGUUGUGUCUCCCUUCGGUCACAGGAACAUCCAGGAGCAACCGCAAAAUGUACAUCAUCGAUCGGAUCCGUGAAUUCGGUGCCCUACCGGUGUCCCCGAAGUACCUUCGCGUUACGGCCAUCCUUAUCGCGAUCUACAAGGUGCUCGUGGCGCACGUCUUCCUGUUCGUGAUGCUGCUCGGUCUAGCGCAUGCCGAGGAGAUGAGCACUAUCCUGCAGAUGAGCAUCGCCGACCAGAAGGAUGCCGAGUGCAUCUGGACGACGGACGAGCAGGGCGAGUCCAUCAACGCGUGGCGCUUCAAGUCGGCGGAAAAGCUCACUUCCGUGACACUCUGCAUGCUGUAUAUCGGGACGACCCUGGCCACGAUUUACGUGCUGAGCUGUCUUGGGUUGCUGAUCGGAACGCUUCGCAACCGGCACGAGUUCUUCAUCCCAUGGAUGGUGGUCGAUUUCUUCGUCACCGUCGCGACCGGUUCCAUCGUGAUGGCGACUGGCUACAACCAAACGUCCUGGGAGCAGUACAUCACCAGCUGGCAAUACUGGGGCUUUUGCGGCGUGAUGGUUGCGUUUAACACCGUCAUCUGGAUGGUCAUUCGAACGUUCUACAAAAACCUCGCCCACAUGACGAAGCUCCGCGAGGUGGCCAUCGUAGCGAUUCCGUGCCCGGCCGCACCCCUGAACGCUUCCACACCCGGCCGAGGCUCCACCGGCGGGUUGGCCGCUCCGCCGUACCACUUCCGGAAGGAAAACAUGCACCUUAGUGAUGGCGGGCUUAAGCACAUUCUCUUCGAUGCCAACGAGGCCAACUAUUUGGUGUAAGGCGUUGCUGCUGUGGGCAGGAUUUUUUGGUGAGGGUUUUUUGCGUUUUCUGCGGUCAUAGGCCUACAACAACGCUACUGCUGUUCCUCAACUCCAAGCCAAGCCACCUUUACCGUUGAAGCUUGCCAUUUUUCUUGUGCUUCAAUAGCUUUUCCGUACCGUGGACCGGGGGAAAAUUUUGCUGGAAGAAGAAAAAAAACAAUUAAAUGAACAAAAAAAACGAAAAAAGAAAAACGAUGGUUAGCGAAAGCAUAAAGCCACACAAUUUGCAUUUGGCGUGUUGCACAGGCGCAGCACGUAAAAACUACUGCACGUCGCCGUGCGGAUUUAACUUUGUUAAUUGGAAUUUGUAGUGAUAAUAAAGAUAUCGUAGUUCUAUUGGUACUACUUUAAGCUCUUCACAAUUUUUCCCGAGCGGUGCUCGGGCAGUUUAGAUUAAUCCCUUCAUAAUCGUUCAAUUUUGCCAAAAAAGGAUUCAAAAAAUUGGCUCCAAAAUUCAUAAAAUUAAAAGAUUUUAUUCUUUUUUGU